GUUGGACGAAUCCAUAAAGAAAUGGGAGAGACAACCCGAGAAGGCUUAUAUGUUAGAAGAAAGUUUACUACCUGAAUCGGAAUCUGGUCAGGUGUCCGAAAUGGAAAAACUCACAGAUCUUAAUAAUGAAACUAUUGAUGUUACCGAUGAAGAAGGAGGAAUACUUUUAAGUUCUGAGAAAUUUGAGAAAAUUGAUUGGGGCGAUGUCAUAAAAGAGAUAGAUGAUGAGAUUGGAGAGUCCGGUGAUACGAGUGCUUUUGAUGAAAGUGAAAAUGAAAGCGGAACUGAAAGUAAUGGACGUAAAAAGUUGAAACGAAAUAAUGAAGGACAAAAGGUGGUCAGCGAACGAUAUUCUAAACGAAUGAAGCAAUCAUCACCAUUACGACAGUCUAUAAUCACCGUUUUUGAAAGAUCUUCGGAGUUAUCAUCCGAAAGUUUUUACCAAUACACAGAUCCUCAAGAAGCCCAGGAAGAUUUUCAAUAUGAUAAUGACGUCCAAGAAGAUGGUGGGUAUGAUGAUGACGAUCCUGGUAACCAAAGCGACGAUGAAGAAGACUCUGAUGAUGAAAAGUUUAUUCAUGAUUUCGAAGAGUCAUUAAAGCAGGAUCGAAUAGACGAUGUUUUUAAUAGUCAUGAGAAGGACGAUGAACAUUUUGGUACGGUGGACUAA